UGAGAGAGGGAGAAUGGAGAGAAGAUAGAUAGAGAGAGAGAGGGAUGAAUAUAGGAGCUAACUGUAUUUGAAUUGAUUGUAGUGGACGGUGGAUCUGUCCGCUGAGAUCCGGGCGCCUCUGCGGUAGAGCUCGUCAUCCAGCAGCAGCAGGAGGUGCAGGAGAAGAGCAGGAGGAGGAGAAGAGGAGGAGAGGAAAGGGGGAGGUGCAGGAGCGCAGCGCGCGGGCUGAACACGGACCCCGGAGCUCCAGUCUCUCCUCAGGGCGGAUUGGCGCACGAAGCUCGUGCUGGAGCGGAGGAGCCGAUGCGGUAAAGCGCUCGAGGCCGGCGGGGGAGAGCCGCGCGAGCCGCGAUGACACGAGCGAGCUGAGCAGAGAGAGCAAAAGACAUGAGAGACUGCAGCCCAUCGUUAUCCAGGCUCACCUCGGGGAGGCAGAACAUUGCCACAAUGCCUCUGCUGACACUUUCACUGCUUCUGGUUCUUGUCCAGCCGGUUACAAGCCAAGUGCAUGUGAACUCUUCCUUGUAUGAUGGAAAUGUCUCAGAUACAAAACAGCCUAACCUGGGGCCUUUCAAGCCCACAGGCUGGAUGGACAAUCAUGAAACUUCAUCUAAAGAAGAAACCGCAGUGGAUAAUAAGAGAAUAAACUUAUCUGUUUCUAAGCAAGGAGACAGUGUAUUAAAUGGACAUCCAGAGGAACAUAAUUUACCUACCAGUAUGGAGGAGGUAAAAACGGAACUUACAACUCAGUCGAUAUUUCCUAAAAGCAGAGUCUCAACCAAAACUCAGAGGCCUACAAUGAAGCGGAUUAUAACCACCACACAAACACAGCAACUAGGAGAACAUUCUGAAAAGGCAACAACCAAAUCCCCACCGGCCAAUCAAAGCUCAGACCACUCAAUGGUCAGAGAAGGAGAUGCAGUAGCAGUGGAAGAGCCAGUGAUGGAAGAACCGAUUCAUGAAUACAGUGAGGAGGACGUAUUAAUCCCUUCUGUUAUUAGUGUAGUGGAAUCCUCAGGUGAGACUGUGGAAAGGGAUGGUGUUGAAAGUGCCCAGUACAGACCUCAAGCUCAAACAGCCUACAGCGUUUUGACCACUGACUCCAAUGCUCAGAAACACCCUACUGUAAGCUCAGUGUCUCCGCCUAGACCUUCCAGUAGUGCACUGAGCAGUGAGAAACCUGCAACAACAUCAGCUUUAAACGUGGAGACCUCAAGAGUGACAGUCAGUCUGCCUGCUGUGGAGAAAGAAGCUAAAGCCAGUCCAACCGUUUCAGCGGGAGACCAGUCACAAGAAAGUUCACAGUCUCCAUCAAAUUCUCCAUCACCCAGAGACAGCAUCCCUUUACACACAGGCACAACAACCAAUCUACAGAUGAUAACUCUGCUUCCAACUGAAACUCCAGCCAGUUCGACCAAUCCACAGCCAAGAAACACAGUUCAACCAUCAAAAGCCUCUACAUCAACCAAACGGCAGCCCAAAGGGACAGGAUCUAGCACAACCAGCCCUCAGAAACCACAGACCAACAUCUUCAAAAGCUUGCCCCCUGGAAGUACAACAAUUCCACAGAGCCCAACAGAUACUACCACUUCUCCAAGCAAAACUCUUCCUCCCCCAAAGGGACGUGGACGUAUGGUACCAAUAGAAACUGAAGCAGCAAACGUAGGAAAAGAAUUGUCCCUAGGCUACAUUCCUUCAGUUAAGCCAGGAUCCAUCCCAUCAACAACAUACAUCUCUAAGGAACCCUGUGACGCUUCUCUGGGCCCCUGUGGAUCUCCUAAAGACCCAAACGUUCUCAGUGAGCUUGGUGCUGCAAACGGGAGCCUGCUGGUGUGGGCAGACCUUAGUCGUACAUUGUCUUUUGCCUGGGAACUUCAUGUUUUCGGCUCUGCUGCCCUUUUUCUGCUUCUUACUGCUGGAUCCGCUCUGGGUUUGGCCCUGUCUCCCAGCAUGCACUGUCCUCACCGUGGGGCGCUAGCGCUAGCUAAUGGGUUGUUGCUUCUGGCAGGUGCUAUUCGAGCCGCCUACUUCCUGCUCGAUCCCUAUGGGUCUCGGCUACUUUUGCCGUUGCCUGUUGUCACUGCCCUGUACACUUUGCCACUGCCUCUCUUAAUAUGGGUACAGGCUGCGAUGGUGGUGCUGGUAAUAAAAGGGGCUGAGGUGGCUCUGCUGCCUCCGUCUUUUCAGCGACCUCCUCUUCUAGGUAUACUAGCCGUCCUCCAGUGUACCCUGCUGCUGGCUGCGGACCUGCUGUCUCCUGCACUGUCACCUGCUGUACCUGUGGUUUUGCAGAGCCUCACUUUAACAGCAGGAUUGGUACUCUGUCUAGGCUAUCUCUUUCUGGUGCUGCCACGUCUCUCAAGCCCCCAGGCAGGACAUGUUGGAGAUAAAGGCAUAAGCGGCUCAAAGUUAAGGGUACUGGCACGCGUGUUGGCAGUUUGUGCACUUCUCGGGGCACUGUGCUGCUUGUUGCAUGCUUAUACCUGUCUGUGGCUGUACGGUCUGCUGGGGGACUGGAGGCGCUUCCGCUGGACAUGGUGGCUGUGUCAGUUCUGGGCACGGCUGCUGGAACUAGGAUGGGCCUUUUGUCUGCUUUUGUUGGCUUCCUGGGUCUUCUGGAGACCUCGAGGGCGACAGACACGAAGAGCUUCAGGGCAGGGAGGGACUUCUGCAGGGGAAGCCCCCUCACCCUGCCAAUCGUCCAGUUCUUCCCACACACAUACUUGCUGGGCAAAGAUUGUGCAAAGCUUAAAGGGGCGUCCGCAUAGGAAAUCUGACAGCAAUGGAGUGGGAGGGGCAAAUGGCAGUGGAGUUGCGGGAGAGCUGCCCAACAAUUGGGCUGGACAAGAACGUUCAGGAGCAGAUAUCAGCAAGAGCCUCAUACGCAACCGUGACCCACCCAAAGAAAGCAACAGGGGACGCAACCAGAGAAGCAUCGCUGAAUCAUCAGCCGGGUCACUGCUAAGAUUACAAGCCCUUGGUGAGGCUCGCCAAUGCUCGGUGAGCGGCAGUCUGGACCGGGACAAAGAGUCCGCCAUCUCACUGUAUGACUUCGAUCUGCGACCUCCCUCGCCCAUUGACUUGAGCCGCAGCAUCGACGAAGCUUUACACCGAGAGCAUCUCCUGAGGGGUGGAAGUCUGUUUCGCCCAUUGGGACUGCCGUCACCCCCUCCAUCUCCAGGACCUUGGAUGCGCAGGAACAGUGACCCUCAAAUCAUGCUUUCAGACAGCAGUGACGAACACACCAUGCUGACUGAGUCGUCUGCUGACCUGGACCGGUCCAUCCCCAGUGCCGUUCCUAGUCGGCAGGUCACCGCUCCCCCUACACCCACCCAUCAGGGCCCACGCUGGGUCUCUGACGUUCCUGUGCCUUCCUCCAUGUCCUGCCCCGUGUCCCUGCACCCCUCCCCGAGUGCAGGCCGAGCUGCAACACCCAGCACAGAUGACACCAGACCAUUCCUCACCCCUGAAAUGGACAUAGAAGGCUCACGGCCUGAUAGCCGAGGUGGGGGACGGAGAUACCUAAAAGUCAAUCGGCAGGAUGACUCGGCUAGUGUCAGUAGUGACAUUAUCGACCUUUAAACUGGUUUAAAUUUACAAUCCAUCUCACAUAAUCUAAAAAAGAUAAAGAUGAGAAAGACAUGUAAGAGACACAUCCCAGAACUACGAGUCAGAGAGACCUCAAAAGAGAAAAGACUCAUGUCAGAUUGAACAUUAAGCAACGGAUUUUCACACUAACUUACUCUAAAUGGGAUACUCUGAUUCCGAAGGUGUCUGUUUAAACAGUAUGCUCUUGCACAUAAAUUCAUUCCACCACAGUUGAAGGUAGGUGAAGCUUGCAGAACAGCUUGGAAAAGCAGAAUGUGAGAAAAGGUGGCAUCAAUAAAGAGAGAUUAUCUUAUUGAUAUCCAUUCCGAAUAUCCAAACAGGCUGGAUGUGUUUGCACAGUUAGUUGUAAAUUCACAUUUUAACCAAGACCGUUUUAGGGCCCCUAGUUAUCAAGCUUCUCAGAAUCACUAGUAGGAAUUGUGCAUAAAAUGAACUAAGAUGAUCAAGGCUCAAAGUAUAUAGGACAAAAGACAAGUUGUCAAACCAUCUUCACAGAUUCUGACAGAAGGCUACAGCCAUUCUUUUAAAAAUGAAUUAAAGCAUAUGUUUCAGACAUUCCUUGAACUGCAAUAAAUUGUGAGCAUGAUAACAUUUAACAUUACAAUGACAAUUCAAUUAAAAUUUGUUAACUAUUUGCUUACAACCAAAAAUCAUAGGUUUCUUUUGGGGGUAAUGUUUUGCCUGUACUAAAGUAUGACGGUAGAAAGGGGGCUUUAAAAUAUUUUUUGUUGUUAGCUGCAUUGUCUUUUACAGCCUAUAUAAAGAGUAAAUGUAAGUGAUGAAAGUAAAAACUGCUUCUAAAAAAAAAACAAUUGCUUACCUUUGCUGUCUCUCUGCAGCCAUCUUGUGGCAGCUCCCAGCUAUUAGCAUUUCAGUGCUUUUAUGUUCUUGGAAUGUUGAUCAUGUACUUUAACUUGUUUAACCCUCCUGUUAUAUUCAUUUGUCAGGAACAGCAGUGGUGUUCCCGGGUCAGUUUGAUGUGGUGCAUGUUUAAUUAUGCAAAAGAUGUCUAAAAACAAACAAAUCCUAACAAGUAGUGUGAAUAUUUAAUGACUAACUUCAGUACUAAUACUAUUUUAUCAAUAUUUAGUGCAAUGUUGUUACUUGCCUCUAACAGGUAAUGGUUAAAUUAGGAUAAUUCACUUUUAUUUUUUCAUAAAAAAAUAUACAUGUUCAAACUUGUUCUAAUGCUUCACUACUUUAUUACUUUUGAAAGACCAACAUAUAAAACACAAUAGUUUUACAUGACAUUGAAACAUGCAGGAGGGUUAAAAAAAAUAAUCCAAAAAACUUAAAUCUAAGAAUUUUAAAUCAAUUUAAUCAAUUGUGCACUUGAUAAUUUGAGAAGCUUGAUAACUUGAGUGUUCUUUGCUGAAACUGAUUGAAUCUUUAGAUAAAGAUGUAUAUGUAUUUAUAUAACAUUUUGUAAAAGCAUUCUGCUUAGAUAAUAUUUUGAUUUGAUGCCCAAAGCCUAUAUUACAAUUAGGGUUGCAACGGUAUGAGAUUUUCACGGUAUGAUAACCGUCUCAGAAAAUACCGCGGUAUCACGGUUAUCACGGUAUCACAGUUUGUUACAUAUAUUAUUAAACUGACCCUUAAAGAAAUUACAACAAAGGUUUUUGUUCAAUUAACUAUUUAUUGUAGAAACCUGGAACAACUAUAUAGAUAAUGUCUCCUUAAAAAAAAUAAACUGUACAC